AUGCCUUCCAGUCGUUUCGAGCCGUCGUCAAUCAAGAACAAAGUAAAGCGAGAGGAGAUUUCGCGGAAGCAAAAGAAACAAAAGAGACAAAACAAGCUUGAGCGCCGACUUGCGCAGGCGAAGGCGGAAGCCAACGACCCUCUUGCGAAGAAGAAACGACGCGAACAAAAUGUACCCCGUACACUGGACAACACUCGACAGUUCGAUCCCUCGAUCCUCACCGCGAACCCCGCUGCGCAACCCGAAGCAUCCACCUCUUCUACGCCAGCCGAACAUGGGCAUGCACAUUCCCCAGAUCACCAGCCGCAGGACGAAUCUGCUGCGGAUAUAGCUAAUGAUCCCUUUUCAUCGUAUUUUUCCGGCACCGGUGACCCCAGUGUCCCGCCAAAAGUGUUGAUCACGACGUCUCCAAAGGCGACGCGGACGACGUACAAUUUCUGCGAUGAGCUAGUGAAUGUCUUCCCUGGCGCGGAGUUCAUUCGAAGGAAGAAGGGAAAAGGCUUCGAGAUGGGUCGGAUCGCAGGCUGGGCCGCGGGACGAGAUUACAGCCAUUUAAUGGUCGUGAAUGAGGAUAUGAAGAAGCUAAACGCGAUCACGAUCGUGUACCUCCCGGAGGGUCCAACCGCCUACUUCAAACUAACGUCCGUUGAAUUUUCAAAACAGAUACAUGGUCAUGCACGACCCACAGAACACUUUCCAGAACUUGUUCUAAACGGUUUCGUUACCCGCCUCGGGCAUACCGUCGGACGUCUCUUCCAGACACUCUUCCCGCCUAUGCCCGAAUUUCAAGGUCGCCAGGUCGUCACAUUGCACAACCAGCGUGACUUUUUGUUCUUCAGGAGACAUCGAUAUGCUUUCCGUUCCACGGAAAAGGUGUCUUUACAAGAGAUCGGACCUCGGUUCACCUUGAAGCUACGAUCAUUGAGAAAAGGUCUACCGGCUGUGAAAAACCUGGGUGAACCCUCUAAACCGUUAGAGUUUGAUACCUUCGAGGAUGGUGAUGGUGAGGAUGUCAAGAUGGGCGAGGAAGGCCAGGAAAAACAGGAGCCAGAUCAAGAUGACGAGGAAGAAGGGGUGGAAAAGGAGGCUCAGGUACCCAAGAAGGUGCUGCCUCCGACGGAGGACGAAUAUCAAUGGGUCUGGAAGCCGGAACUGGAGACAACGAGAAGUACCUUCUUCUUGUAA